ACAAACGUGAAAAAUACCCUUGUGGUUACGGAGUACAUAAUUUCUUGGGGGCAUUUGGUCAUUUUCUCCCUUGUUACUUGUAAGUACGCACACAAAGAAAAGGUCAAACCGGAGAAAAGCCAAGUCAAAAGAGAGAGAAAGAGAGAAAACAUACGGAACCACCGCCGGAAACUCAGGUUAUUCACUUCUUCUUCAUCUUCUUCACACCCACGUGUCUUCUUAUUUCUGCCAAGUCCCCUGAUUUCUUUUAAUUUUUUUUAAUUUCCCUCUCAUAAAAACAUCUCCUUUCUCUAAACAACUCCCUCCAUUUAUCUCUCUUGAAGCACAACAACAAUGGCAGAAGUGGACCCACCGGAGCAGCCCCGCCAUAUCCAAACCCGGCGAGCUCAAUCAUUCACUUCUCUCUCCUCCUUCUUCGCUGGACCUGAAAGCCCAACUCAUCCUUCUCUGCCCUCUCUGUCGGACUCUGAACCUGAUUCCUGCGAUUUAGACCCGAAGCCGGACCCGAUUUUCGAACCUGAUGUAGACCAUCUUCUUCAUCAUCAUCGUUGUCAUCAUGAGCAUGAUCAUGAUCAGGUGAGCUAUUCCAACUUGUUCCAGCGUAGUUCUUCUCAAAACGCCUUUAUCUCUGAUGGUGCAAUUGGGCUAGGUUUGGGUUUGGGUUUGGGAACAGGGUUGGGUGACCCGAAUUGUGAAUUUUCGGGUGAAGGUGAGAGGAUUGGUGGAUUGAGUGAUAAAGAUGAGGUUGAUUUAGAAUUAGGGUUAGGGUUAGGUGCUGAUCAUGAUGCUGGUCUGAAUCCUAGUUAUGCAUCUCCAAUGAUUGAGGAACCGCAGCAUUUUGAGGGUCUGCGUAUUGUGAAUAUUGAUGAUUCUGACUCUGAUUCUGAAGAUGGUGAUCAUCACCAUAGAGGGUUCGGUGGGGUUAGUGAUUUCGAUCGUCCGCCAUACUGUUGGGAUUAUCUGGGGUUUAACAAUGGGAAUCGUAGUGAAAAUGUUGAAACUCAGGAGAGAGAAUCUGAUGUGGGUAGUGUUGUAAAUGAUAAUUUCGAUGCUUUUUUUGUUGAAGAAGAAGGUUUUGUUGUUGUUGAGGAUGAUGAUUUAGGAACACCAAUUCAGCUGGAUACUGAUGUGUCAAAUGUGUUCGAUACGUAUCAAUUGAGGGCGGAACAGCAGGAAAUUGCUAUUGAUUCUGAUACUGAUGAAGGUGGAGAACUUGGUGUGGAGGAAGCAAUUCGUGAUUUGGAGUGGGAAAUCUUGUUAGCUGUUAACAAUUUCAAUCGUGAGGUUUAUGAUAUGGAUUUCAAUGUGAAUAUGUAUGAAGCGAUUCUUGGUGAGGUGGAGGAGCAUAUGAAUGACUGGAGGGGGAGUCCUCCUGCUGCUGACUCUGUUAUUGUGAACCUUCCUAGUGUUACAUUGUCUUGUGAGGUUUUGAAAGUGAGUGAAGUCGUUUGUGCAAUAUGUAAGGACGAAGUUUCUGAGGAGGAAGUGGUAAAGCAGCUUCCUUGCUUUCAUUACUACCACGGGGAAUGUAUAGUUCCAUGGUUGAGAAUUCGAAAUACUUGUCCUGUUUGUCGGCAUGAGCUGCCCACUGAUGAUGCUGAAUAUGAGUUCAGGAAGAGGGAGAGGGAGAUGGAAGAAGGGCUGAAUGUUGAUGCUAAUGAGGACUUGUCUCCGGAUUCACAGGAACAACACCCGACAGGGGAAGAAAAAUGAAAGGUGCUGUGUAUCUCAUGCUGUUAACAACACCCGACAGGGGAAGAAAAAUGAAAGGUGCUGUGUAUCUCUGUGUGUGUUUUUUGAAAAAAUAAAAUGGCCUAAUGGAGUUUGAUCCUUAUUUAGCUCAAGGAAUAAGUGGAGAAGAAUGCAAGGUAAUCAAGUUUGACACAAUCUUAUUUGAUUUAUCUCCUUCCAAAUCUGGUAAAGAGUGAAAAAUAGAGCUGUGGAAUAUGGACAAUGUUGCACAAGAAGCAUGGUGCACAAGAAGAACAUACGUGUACCAACAAAAGAACAUGACCUUGCGAUAAAAGAAAUGUCAUAUAUUAUUUCAAUUUUUUGUUAUGAAAAAUAUAUAGUAUUUUACUUAUUAAAAAAAUAAAAAUAAAUAAAAAUAUUCAUGUUCUUUUAACUAUGUACUUGUGCUCUUACCGUGCAUCAUGCUUACUUGGCAUCAUGGUCCAACUUCUAAAUUGCGAUAUUUCCUCCGUUUGGAGGAAACUUUGAUAAUAGUGGCUUCGCUUGCGUCUAAAAUGGACACAAUUAACGGUUAUCGGUACUUAUUACUCCCUCGGGCCUCAGCCCCUAAAGAUUUGCCCCAUGGAAUAAUUUCACUUUAUUAAUAUUAGGGUGUAAGUUGUGCACACUUCUUUGUAAAGUGAGCCUACGGGGAGAGAGAGCAGGAGGGGAAAAUUACCAUUAAGAUAUGGGGCAAAUUUAAACGAUCGCCAAACAGAAAAAUGGAAAAAUCUUUUUAGGGACGGCGGAAGUACUUUUUAUUAGAACCUAAUUACCUAUAGUACCAAAGUGGUUGAUGGUACCCAUAAAGCUCAAAUUCUAAUCGGUACCCGUAAAGAAAUGUACUGCUAGUCAGUUGACUCAGUACCAACAUACGCGUCUUUGCACCUUAUUUUUAUCGCUUAUUACUUACUUUUCUUUUAAUCACACCAGAAAGAAAUUUCAUAUAAGACCCAAAAAAUAAAAAAAAUAAUAUUCAGAUUAGGCCAAGACCAAAAAUAUACAAAACAAAACAUGCUGGAACUAAAAUAAUCAGAUUUGAUCAUAAACUAAAAAAUCAGAAAAUACGGAGUACUCCGUAUGCAUUAUAGAUUGGAUUUGUGUUUUCUUUUUCUUUUUCUUUUUUUAAAAUACACAAAAAUUAGGAUAAGUUUGGAGUCGCGUGGGCUUUGCGCCUAUUCUCAAGUUCAAUUUUAAUUAAAUCAGCAAAAUAAUUUUUUUUGUAGUAAAGGGGAUUUGAAAAUGUCCUUAUUGUCAAAUUAAUUUCAGUUGUCAAUCUGGACAUUAUACUCUGGGUUACCGGGUUGGUACUGUAAUUCUAACUUAUUGAGUACGGACUAUGGAGUAUUAUACCUAAAGAUCUCCACUGUAUAAUUGAUUGAUAUUCCCUCCGUCCCUUAAUACUCGUACCGCUUUUUUUUUUGGGUCGUCCCUUAAUACUUGCACCGCUUCUAUAAAUAGAAAUUUUUACCAAUACUAUAAC